AGGCAGGCUAUGGGGUGCGGCUGCGUGCUGGAGAUCGGCAUGAGAUCCUCGUGAGCUUUCAUGCUCAUAUUUGGUGUCCUGCAACAGAUUGAGGAUCGUUUCGAGGACGCGCCGCCUGGUCCUCGGCGUCUCCAGAUGGGUUUAUCCAGGCGGUGCUUAUAUCAACACAAACAAUGCAAUGCAGACAUCAACAAGUAGUCUUUUCAUUCAAUAUUUAAUUGGUUCAUAGCUGCUGGUCAUGCUAAUGUUAUAGCAGUAUAACUGUUUGCAAGGAUAACAGUACGAGCGAAACUUGAAGGGAUAAGAAAAAACGUGCACUAAGCUGGUGGGUUUGUGGUCCGAGAAGAACAAUGACCUUAUUUUGGUGAUAAAAGACUAGUUCUCCCGGGUUGCGAUCUAAUCACGCGGUAUUUGGGGAGAAGGUUGCGCGUUCAUUUCUCGUUGCUGUACCGGAGUGGAGAGAUGUCAGUCCGCAGGAGCAGAUCGCAUCGGUCGCUAAGACCCGUUACUAUGAUUUUCAUCCUGCUGUUUGUCAACAUUGCUAAAACAACUGCAGAAGAGGACGCUUUCAACGCUGAGUCAUGGUUGAGGACGUAUGGCUACCUGUCCCAGGCUAGCAGACAGAUGUCCACCAUGCAGUCAGCCCAGAUCCUUUCCAGUGCCAUUAAGGACAUGCAGCGCUUCUAUGGCCUGGAGGUGACCGGACACAUGGACUUGGCCACUCUUAAGGCUAUGAAGAGACCACGCUGUGGAGUGCCUGAUCAUUUUGCGGAGUCGUCAGAAGGAGGUACUCGGCGUAAGCGGUACGCACUUACCGGCCACAAGUGGGAUCAGGACAGGCUAACUUACAGUAUUCAGAACCACUCCCCCAAAGUGGGCCAGGAGCAGACCUACGAGGCUAUUCGCAAAGCCUUCCAGGUUUGGGAAAAAGUAACACCUCUGGAGUUCGAGGAAGUCCCGUAUCAUGAGAUAAAGAAUGGCAGUGAGGGGCCUGACAUAAUACUACUGUUUGCAUCUGGAUAUCAUGGCGAUAUGUCUCUCUUCGAUGGGGAAGGAGGCUCUCUGGCACAUGCUUUUUUCCCCGGUACCGGAAUGGGAGGAGACACACAUUUCGACAUAGACGAGCCAUGGACCUUGAACCAACGGGAGGGCUCAGGUGUCGACUUGUUUCUGGUCGCGGUUCAUGAGUUGGGUCAUGCUCUGGGGUUAGAGCACUCCAACAACCCUUCUGCCAUCAUGGCGCCUUUCUACCAGUGGAUGGACACAGAAAGCUUCUCAUUGACUGAAGAUGAUAUAAAUGGCAUUCACCAGAUCUAUGGACCUCCAGAGACUGUCACCACUCAAGUACCUCCCACCUCAACCCUGUUUACAACCACUGCUGAGCCGGAGCCCACCACUACAACGGCCCGACCGAAAACAACCAGACCCUCAUUGCAGCCCACCAGACCCUGGGUGCCUCCAGUCCAGCCCACCAGGAGGUCUCAUAAACCCCAGCCCACAGCACGCUCGGAUCAGGAUGCACCUGACAUCUGCGAGGGGAACUUUGACACAGUGACCGUACUGAGAGGGGAGAUGUUUGUGUUCAAGGGUCGUUGGUUUUGGAGAGUUAGGAGGAACCGGGUUCUGGAUAAUUAUCCAAUGCCAAUCUCCUUCUUCUGGAUGGGGCUUCCAGAGGACAUAGAUGCUGCAUAUGAACGGCAUGAUGGGAAAUUUGUGUUCUUCAAAGGAAGUAAAUACUGGCUUUUCAGAGAAGCAGACGUGGAGCCCGGAUACCCUCAGGACUUGUUUCGUUAUGGUCAAGGCAUGCCUGACAGAGUGGACACAGCAGUGUGGUGGGAGCCAUCUGGCUAUACGUACUUCUUCAGUGGAGACAGAUAUUGGCGGUUUAGUGAAGAAUCCCGUGCCGCGGAUAAAGAUUACCCUAAACCAGUGAGCGUGUGGGGUUCCAUUCCUGGCUCCCCGAAAGGGGCCUUCCUCAGCGAUGAUGGAGCGUACACUUACUUCUACAAAGACACCAAAUACUGGAGGUUCAAUAACAAGCAAAUGAAGGUUGACGCUGGAUACCCGAGAUCCAUCUUAAACGAUUUCAUGGGCUGUCGGGUGCACUUUGACACAGAACCGGACGUUAAACCCGAUCAUCGAUCUCCAGAGACGAAGGACAAGAAUCAAGACCCUGACGACGAAGAAGAUACAGAAAACACAACCGACGAUGAAGAAGACAGGAAAAAGGAAGUAGAUGUCAUUCUAAGAGUGAACGAGACGGACGAACACGUCAUGACCCUUAUUUUGGUGACUGUGCCUCUGGUUCUGGUGCUGUGCAUUCUGGGAGUCAUAUACGUCAUCAUCACCACACUCCAGAGGAAAGAGACGCCCAAAGUGUUAGUUCACUGCAAAAGAUCCCUGCAGCAGUGGGUCUGAAAACAUUUGCGCACUCUCGCUAACGAAUAACCCAACCUUUCCACACAUACGUUUUCUGAGAGACACACACCUUGUCGUUUAUGGUGCUCAUCCCAUCGAAACCCCCGUUCCCCAAUGUAGAAUUUGCACUUUUGAUUGUUUCGUGGUCAUUUUUUUAUGUUUACGUGAUGCGAACGAUUCGUCCACUGUGGGAAACGUUGGAUGUACGAAAACGAGCUCAGAUCAGCACAUUUCUUUCACAUCCUCUGCUAACCGGCCUCAAUAACGGGAGGAAACCGCAAACUCUGUGGCCUUGCAGAAAGCACAGGGUUAAAAGUCAGGCUUAAUAAAUUGUCUCACGCACAUUUAGCAGGGUUUAUAGCCUCUUCCCUUGUGGAGCCUUGCCUGACUUGCAUUACACAGAUGUUGCUGAUUUUGGACUUUAUGGAGAGAAAAAGAGGGGGAUGGGAGGCUUGUAGCCUGCCAGCAUUUCCUCUGCCUGAGUUCCACUGAGCGUGCCAAAGACGAGGAGGAGGGAGGAAAGGCGAUUCGAGGCGUAGCCGUACUGUCAUCGUGACCUACAUUAGCGUACCCCUACUUCUUUCUCCCCCCUCAAAGUUUGUCUUCCUGUGGGACUUUCCUUUGUUUUCCCCACUGUACUUCCAGUCUCCCCCAGUUGUGAAGUUUUUGCUUUUGAGAGCCAUUUCUGGCCUCGGAUUGUGUCCGUCAGUGCCUUUCAAGGCCGAAUCUGUGCCUUAAUAGUGCAGACCAUCGCCACUGUGUUGGAAAUGUACUUAUUUUCACUGACUUUUUAGUAGACUUUGUGCAGUUGGAGCAAAAAAGUGCUUUUCUUUGUUCAUGUGGCCUUCAAUGUUUAAACCUGUGUCUUUUAUGUCAAUAUGAAUGUGUUUGUGCUUUUUUGUAGUGCCAAGUGAAAAACUCUCCCUUAAUUUGAUGUUUUAUUUGAUUUUGGCAUUGUUUUGUAUUAACAAUCGAGUAAAUCAUGCAGGGCAUGUAUUGCUUUUGUUCACAGAUAUUAUCUGGUAUAUAGCUUGCUCACAAUAAAAUGGAGUUAUACGGAUGUAAGUAUCUCUUUAA